AUGUGGCUCGAAGAGAACGGUGCCAACCGCGAGCUGGUUGCCCGACUACAGAAGAAAGUGGCCACCGCCACGCACCUCUUUCCCCCCUUUAUCAUGUACUACGAGAGGAACGGCAAAACUCGCAUCUACGGAUUGUCGGCCUCGGUCAUGGACAAUGUUACGGCCUCCCUAAAUAUCAGCUACGACAUCGUGAAGCCUGUAGACAUGUUGUGGGGUUCCAAGAGUCCGGAAGGCGUGUACGCGGGCAUGCUGAGGGAUACGGUUCUAAAAAGAGCGAACAUUGGAUUUGGCCCGUUCAAUAUGGAAGACUUCUUUUUUGGAGACGAUCUUCUCAUCUCGGACAUAUUCGACUACCCUGAAAUAGGAAUCACGAGUGGAGUUGAAGACAUUGCCACUGGAAACUUCGGCAUUCUCAGCGCAUUUGAUUUAACCACGUGGGUCUGCCUAUUGAUCUCGAUGAUUGCACUGAGCCUCAUAAUACCUGCGCUGAAGCACACUUCUGCCAAGGCCGACGGUGAGGUUCAAAAGCAAGCGGGCAAGGUUGCUUCCAUCUUCUGGGCCUUGAUCAGCAGCCUCUUGGGACAAGGUACAACUACGUUCGAUGGCCGCCGUAUCUCGCGUUACGUGAUCGGUGCGUGGCUUUUGGCCAGCCUGGUGAUCAGCACGUACUUCACCACCCUCAUCGUGGCCGCCCUGACGGUGCACGCUUCAUUCGCCCGGAUCGAUUCUGCCGAGGACCUCGUCAAGCAUCCCCACCUCAAGCCUCUCGUUCCCGCUGGAACGCAGGUCGCCACCAUCCUGCAGUAUUCGAAGUCUGGAGUCUACCGUCAGAUACAGGAAAUGGUGGAACGACACCAAGGCGUGAGAGCUGUCCCCGUACUGUACAACCAGAACGACGUCGAGGAUAUACUGCGGAACAAAGCAGUCUUGCUGGUUGGGAAACAUGCGUCCAAGUACGAGCUGAAGCGUUACUGCUCUAUCCUGCGGGGUCGCUUCUACAUAAGCCAGGGAUCGCUCUUUAUCUGGAAGAGCGUUUGGGUCGCCAACAAGGACUUUCCCUUGGACCUAUUCCAGGAGUUGAACAAAAGGGUCAAGUGGUGGAUGGAGGCCGGUGUGCCGGCGCUGCAGUCCCACGUACUAGAGCCACCUGGAGGCGCCUGCUUCGCCGGAAACCAGCGCUCGAGCAUCUACCAGUUUGACACCCUGCGCUUCCAGGAUCUCACCGGGUUGUUCUUCGCUCACCUGGCCUCCUCGGCGAUCGCGAUGGCUGUCUGCGCGCUCGAGCUCUGUCUGGGCCGAUGGGCUUGCGUCCGAUCAGAGUAA